AUGUAUCCCUUCAACUUCCACAUCAAAAGAACAAGCUUAUUUUCAAAAUCUGGAGAACUGAUAGGCAUAAAAAGAUAUUCAUUGCAAGAUAGUUCAAUUAGAGGGUUGAAGCUUCCAGAGGAGUUCAUCAUGGAAGAUGUCAGGCUACGUUCGUUCAUUCAGUGGCAAAGAAUACACGCCUGGCUGGGAUACGUUUUAUUCUUUUUUCUCUGUAAUUUAACAUUAACAAUAGUCUACUAUCCGCACGGCAAUGGUUUACUAUCCGGUGCCCUGGCUGUCGGUGAACCUCUGUGCAAGGAGGGAGAAUGA